UCGCCAGUUCUGCAAAACGCGACAUUCGAACGGUCAGUCAGGGUCACUAGUCGUUGCGACGAAGAGGUGUCAAAUCGUUCGGAGCGACGAGACGAAAACCGCGGCAAGAACUGUCUUCUCUUGCCUGAGUAAGGGAGAGCCGUUACUCUCAUCGUAACGUGUGUAAACUCGCUUUUUUUUUGUUUUUGACACAUUCCCACGGGAACUCGGUUUCCCGUGCACACGCGUCUCAAGAUUUUGCGACUCGCGCUCGGUGCGAUCAGAAGGAUGAUGACGGAGGCCGAAAAACAGGAGGCGCUAAGUCGCCUGACGCCGAUGCAGUACCAUGUGACGCAGGAGAAGGGCACGGAGAGGCCAUUUACCGGUUGCUACAAUAAGUUCUACGAAAAGGGAACGUAUACCUGUAUUGUGUGCAAUCAGGAAUUGUUCUCGUCAGACACCAAGUACGAUAGCGGAUGCGGAUGGCCUGCAUUCAACGAGGUUUUAGCACGGGAACGCGUCAAACUGACCAAAGACGUUUCUCACGUCGGCGGAAAUCUACUACUGCUGAUCGCGAACCCAGAUAUGGUGCGGACGGAGGUGACCUGUUCCAAGUGCGACGCACAUCUGGGACACGUGUUUAACGACGGACCGAAACCGACGAGGAAGCGCUUUUGCAUCAAUUCCGCCGCCAUAAACUUCUAUCCAGCUGGAACGGAGAAGAAGGAGGAGAAAGAACAAGAAGGGAGUGUCAAAUAAGAGUGAUGGAUGUUAAAGGAGACAUUAAAGAAGCAUCAGAGUCAAGUGAGAAAGAAGAAGCAAAAUCCGGUUAAAAUAAGUUCGUGCGUAUAUUUUACUACUAACAAUAUUUAUAUUUAUGAAAAGAGAGAGUGAAGUUAUAUAUUGCGUGUUAUAUUAAUAUUUCUUCUAUUUACGCAUUGUAAAAAAAAAUAAAGUAGCAAUUACAAUCUCGAUGACAUUGAAUAAUCUAUAAAAUGAAAAAGUUUGUCAUUGAAUUAUAACAAAUGUUCUAAUUAUAACAUAACAUGUUAUUGAAUUGAUAACUAUUUUUAUAUACUAACGGUUUCAUUUUAUCCUGUUUAAUUAAAUUUUAAAUAAGUACAAAUUAAAAUGCUAUAAUUAAAAUAAAUUUUUUUUUUUUUUUUUUUUUUUUUUAAUGAGAUUUUGACGGAACAUUUUUCACAAUCAUAUUCACGCGUAAAGAUAACUCAUUCUGUAUAGUAUCAAUUUAUUUUUCAAAGUUUCCUUAUUUAUUUUUUAGAAUCUUGAUGUGAAAUGCGUAUAUAUACAAGGUACAUCGAAAUCAUGAUGCAAGUAAAAAGAAAAUGACUCCUCAUGCAAAUGUAAAGAAUGUGGAAAACGUAUUAAAACGUAACGAGUAUUUGUACAAAAAGUUCGAUCGUUGAUCGAAUUUUCUGCAAAACAAAUUCCAGUUGUCACGGGUAAUAUAUUAGGUAUCUCAUGCUCGAUACGAGGCGCCCCUUCACCAGUACCUUUGGUACUACUCGUCAGUUUUGUUUCUCAUUUUCGAUUUGUAUGAGGAAUCAUUUUCUUUUCCGAGAUUGUAGCACGAUUUUUGCUAUACUCUGUACGUAUGCGCAUUGAAUACACUCAUACGAAAUGUAUAUAUAUGUAUACACGUGAUUUGCGAGAAAGCCAUGAUAAAACGUCAAACCUAAGAGAAAUAUUAUUUUUUCAAUAAUAACGUAUAAAUAUCCUAAUAUAUUGUAAAUAGGUAUUUCUGUAAAACUCUGUAUCUCAAACGAAAUGAAGAUAUAGAUAUGUGUGAUAAGUUAUCACUCCGCAAUGUUAACCUCUGUAAGGAAGGAUGUUUUUAUAUAUGAAAAGAAAAGAAACCCACACACGUUUGUUAUAAAAUGCUUCCUUAUAUUGUAACGUUUCAAAACAAACUGAAAGGUGUUAUAGUACAAUAUAUACGCAAAAAUUCUAGGCAUUAUUUUUUUUUGUUUUUACAAUUCAUUACCUCCUUUCUAAGUUUGCGUUCCUUUGCUUUGAAAUUUUUAUAAUGAUAAAAAUUUCAAACGUUAUAAUUUUUUUCCUGAGAGACCAGAUUUCUUGCCGAAUGUGAUUUCCGAUAACGAUAAAUGCGUUUUCUCUCUUACAAAAGUUAAAGUCAAAUGAACCUUUCUCCGUCGAGAGAAGGAUCAUAUUUUUUUAUUUAUUUAUUUUUUUUUAUUUUUUUUAUUUUUUUUCAAUCUCUGCAGUAAAAUAGCGACUUUGUUACUAUAGGCCUAUUUUUUCUUUCUCUCAUUCGGAGAUCACAAAGCAUUUUCAAAAACAUCGUAAAAAUAUUACCGCAAAACAUGCACAUAUGUAUAUACGCACUCAACAUGAUUUUUUCGCGAAAAUAGGAACCUACAUAUUUCUCGUUUUAAAAACUUAAAAUGAAACGUGAUGGUACAUCGUAAUAUUUACACACAGCGAACAAUUAAAUGCAAUUGGAACGAUCACUGACACAUGAUGCGCAAAUUAGAUGCAAAGUUGCCCACGCACAAGUCUUUCUCCUCGUUAAAAAAUUCACCUGUUCGUACUUUUCUUCGAAGCUCUUGUACAUUCCGCUACGCGUUGCAAUUCAUUUGUUAAUGUUAAAAAAUAAUGAUAGUAUACUUUCGUAAUACAUCACUUAUUAUAUUAUUACGAUUAAGGCAUGUUUGGUACAGAUUUUGUACUUUUGUUCAUAUAUACGUUAAAAGGAGAUCACCUGAUACUGUUUAUCAGCGAACAUGUCUACCUGCUAAAACGUACUUCAACCAUAUAUAUCAAUCGCGUGAUGAUUUUUUGCGUGCAGGCAAUUUUGCAUCCGUAUAAUGUAUUGUGUAUAUGCGAUUUACCCGCAAUACGUGUAUAAAAAAUUACACAAUUACAAUAGCUGCUGUUACAUAGCUGCAGGUUACACGUAGCGUUAAAAUUAACAGGGUGAUAAAAAAAAAAAAAAAAAAUUAUAACACAGGAAACAAAGCUGUUCUUGGAUAUUUGUGAAAAUGCAGGACCUCGCUCCUCAGUAUUUCUGAUCGUCACACUUUAACCCUGGAUCGCACCAUUUCUCAGUUUCGUUUUUGUUUUUGUUUUUUUACACAAUCAUACGUAUCUUUCGUUAAUACUAAAACGUGCGCACAUUUUUUUUUAAUUAUUUUAAAUCCUCAAUCUGUCAGUCAUCCACGCGAUUUUUAGAAACGGAUGCCGAAGCAGAGAUUAAUGCAGCAAGUUUGCGGUUUACGGAACAUUUGAGGAGUUUUGCGGAUUUAAAAGUAAUACACUACGUCACACAUAUAAUCCCUGAUUCUCUUUUUCCAAGAUAAAUUGCAUUAAAUUCUUUCAGCAUACCGACUCUAAUAUUCGGUCGUAAAACGUUGAUGUGCACAAACCAACGCGUUGCUUCGUUUGCCUCUCUCGGUUGAAGUACAGUCAUACUUUUAUAAAAAUCUAAUCAGGCUAUUUCUUAAGAUGAUUCUCAAAAGAAAGAGAAAAACAUAGAAGACAACUAAUGAACUCACGUCGAGAAUAACAUGCUGUAUACAUACGACUUCUCGUUAUCAAAUAAUACGCGAGCAUCUUUUCUUCCCCUCUCAUUUCGUAUGCAAUAUAGAUGUAUCGUUAAUUUCUCGGUUUAUAACUAUCAUAUUUAUAUUCUCACAUGAUUUCAUGUUAAUAUUAAUUUAUAUAUGAGUCCUAUACAUACAUUAUUUAUAACGAAAAACCCUGCUGUCAAUCAAGCUGCUUGAUCCACUGCGCAAAACAUAAGGAAAACAAAAAACAGAGUUCAAGACGCUACUCGCGGGUUUUCGAAAAUCGACGGGAAAACAAUAAUCCUUUGAUCUCGUUAUCUAUAAGACAAAAAACGCGGUUAUCUCUCAACAGAUGUUUUGUUGGUUUUUGUUUUUUUUUUUCGAAAAUACACAAAUAUCUCCUACGAUCUCCCAACAUUCUGAAUUCUUAUGGCGAUUUUGCGCAGUAAAUUUCACAGUCGAAUAUAAUCGGGUUGGAAGUACGAAAAUAAAAAAGAAUAAAAAAAAAAAAAAAA